AUGACUACAAAUCCCUCAGAAGAAGAGGUACUCUAUAUACUGAGAGCCUUGCGCCACAUUGAGCCGUCCCUCGGAGUCCACAAAGUGCUCGCAAUCUUGAAGGAACGAAACCCAUCAUGGAUUUUGUCCGAGAAGCGGUUGAGGGACAUCAUGAAGCGGUACGGGCUUGAGACGGUUGCCGCUGCUGCUUCACUAUCUGCAGUGCCUGAGCAGUACAACAUUGGCCCACCACCUUUCGAACAAUCUGAUCCUCGACCUCAUCCAAAAGGCUGGAGUGUAACCUUGGAGGCGUCUUACGAGAAGGUCAGACCGCUGCAGCCGUUUGUGCGUGGUCAAUUUCUGGGACCUUUCGACUGGUCAAAGGUCGACGCGGAGAAAAAGGGGUACAAAAUGAUGGCGUUUGCGAAGCCCGGUCGUGGCUUCUCUGACGCUUUGCUGCAUCAAUUGGACUACAAGGCCAACUCCGAUCGAAUAUACAGACUGUAUGGGAGUGGAGGAUGGGACUGGGGCUUCACGCCCAACGCAGACAUGCGCAUCCUAUUCGACGAGAUGUUUGCGAAGGCUUUAGCGAACAAAGAUACAGGGGCACUAUACUUUAUGUACCUGCGCUUGCUCGCAGCCGCCAGACAAGUGGACGUCUCUGCCGCGGAUCUCCGUGCUCAACUGCAUGCUGAGUAUGGGUUUGAUCCCCUCAACGCUGCUCCUAACCCGCCAAAGACGGAAGCGGAAGUUGCUGCAUGGCACGAACGAGAUGAACGCAACCGUCUUACGUAUCGCGAGGAGAAGAUGAGGAUGCUACAAGACCUCAUCAAGCUCGAACCGAGAGCUUUGAAGCAUGUAAAGCUUGACGAGUCCGGCAGAGUCAUCUAUGAUGAAGAUAUUCAAGGCAUCGACGCCGUCUUUUGCGUUCCGGUCCGAAAACAAAGGGAUUCGUCGUCCGGCCGGCUACAAUUCAUCAUGACUCUCAACGACGGUACACAGGUGAUACCCACGGAAGACAACACAAAGUCAUGCUUUCCGCAUUUGAAGGACCCUGAUCGCGAGCCCUUUUCUUAA